AUGAGUAACAAUCUCCGAGUCAUCGUCUGUGAUGGGCAGGUUUAUACCUCUCUCACCGCACACUCCCUUCCCGACAUCAUACCUCACGAACCUCCUUGGGAUGCUCACAAAGACUACGACUGUUCUCCCAAUGAUAGUAAUACACCACUCACUACUCGCUGGGCGUACGGAACUCGUCCAUGGUUUCCCCUUGUACCUUUGAAUCCUAGCUCCGAUGGGCCGAUCUUUGGAUGCCUCAACCACUCCAGGUUUUCCCUCCUUACAGAGGUAGAUCCAUCAGGAAAGCACAUUCUCCACCGCGAUAUUUGGGCAAAAUGGGUCGACUUAGAGCAGAAACUGCUCUGGUGCCAGGAACGUUUGGGUGCUGGAUUAUUCAUUCCGUGGGGGACUAAACUUCCAUGUGCUCUGACUACCUAUGGGUACCAAUGGUCGCAUGCAGACGCUAGCGUUGCUAAGAAGGUUGCAAUAAGGUUGUGUGAUGCAUUUCUAUUAAUUGCCGCCACCUGCUCAUGGUACAUCAUGAGUUGUCGAUACCAAGGUGCCAAUCAGUGGAUGGCUAUCUUAACGAGUGACCCCUGA